AUGGAUUAUUCACAAUUAGACGACAGUUUAAAAUUAUUAAACGGUUUACAUAAUAAUCCAUCGAAGAGGAAUGAAAUCAUUUCGUCGAUUAAGAAGAAUAAGCGAAUCUCCAUAUUUGCUUAUGGAUCAUUAUUAUGGAAACCAAUUGAACAUAUUAACGAAAUGAUAUCAAACUGUGUACUUCCAGACUACCAGAAAGGUUUCUAUUGCGAAGAUUUCGUCUAUCGUGGUACACUGGAUUUCAAAGGAUUAACGAUGGGUUUGAUAAAGCAGUCAAGUAGUUUUGUUCAUGGCGCAUUAUUUGUUGCAUUCAAUGAAGAAAUUAUUCCAUUUAUCAAAUCAUUUGUUAAACGUGAGACUCCAGUACAUUACAACCAGACAGUUAUGAAUAUUUAUACAUACGAUUUCGUUAAAAUAACUCUUCCCGAUCGCAAUACAACUGAAUAUGCAUUGACAUGUGUUGUAAAUAGUCAAAGUUUAUUUUAUUUAAAAGAACACUUGACAUUGGAAGAGCAAUCGCUAAGAAUUGGACAAGCCUAUGGAAUAAAUGGAACGAAUUUUCAAUACUUAGAUAAAUUAGUUGAUGUUUAUCGACAACUAAAGAUUCAAGAUACAUUCACAGAUAUUUUACAAGAUCUCCAUAUGAAAGUUCUCUUAUAUCGACAAUCGUUAACGUUAAAUGUUCAAAAAUGGUAUCAAAUUUACGAUCAGUUACAAACAUUAGAGCAGCGAAAAGAAGCAACGAAAGCGAUAACCAUAAUUCAGCCAUUUCUUUAUCAUUCGGAUUAUUUGGAAGAUGUAAAUAAACAAACAAACCAGGAAGUUACCGUUGUAGAAUAG